UCACAUCAGGGGCGUUCUGCCACGACGUGGUUCUCGACCCCCAGCUGGACUCAUGGCUGCCCACUGAGGAGGCUUUGCGCUCCCUGAGCCGAGGGGCCCAGCAGCUGAUCCACCAGAACCUGGUGUGGGAGCCCCUGGAGGUGGCGCCCCCUGUGGCCCUGGAGGUCUUCUCUCACAGCAGGUUCAAACAAGAGGAGGUCGAGAAGAUGGCGGCGGAGUCCCCUCAAGGCAACGUCACGCUGUACAGAUGCGGGGACCACGUUCUGCUGAGUGCGGGCCCCCUGGUGGCCCGGACGGGGCUCUGCAACCAGUACGAGGUGACGGCGGUUCACAGCCUGGGCUCCGGGCCCGGUGGCCUCCAGCGCAGGGUGCAGGGCCUCUCGCUGCCCCUCCAGCUGCAGGCACACCACACGGUGUGGAGGAAGCUGAGGGCGAGGGCGGAGAAGCAGGUCAGAGAUGAUGAGCCGAUCGCUUUUAUCUGCUUUUCCUUUGCUCACUUAAGUGUAGUGUUCUUCAUUCAUGUUGUUCAUUGGUUUGCUAUUAAAGCUAGAUCGACAAAUCAGUCGCAUGCCCAUGAUAGACCUCGGGAGUUGUACAUGAUGGACCCAAAACCCUUCUUAUGGGAGUCCAACCCCUAAACCACGACAACUUCCAUUCACCUUCUUAAAAUCACAUUGUAAAGCGUCCUCGAGUUUGCUAGGCGCUAUUUAAAGGGGACAUAUUAUACCACCAGGUUUGACUGUGAUUAGCUA